AUGAAGGAGGAUGGGCGCUUCGAAACGAUAGAUCAUGUCCGCCGAGCGCACCUGUCGAGUGUGGCACAGGAGCGCAACCGAGAUGCUGCCCCUCGGGUUUCAAAUGCACUGGAGAUGGUGAUUACGUGGGCAACUACUGUUGUGAAGUGCCCUAAUUCAGACUGGACUCUCUGGGGGGUCGACGGAAAGAUCGACAAUGGUGGAUGGUGCUGCCAAUCCGGGCAAAACGGGACAUACCGCGAUAACUCGAACGGAAUCGCCCUGCUGUGUACUCCCGCGACGGCGACAGCACUUGCUUCGAAUAUCUUCUGGGCUGCGACAGUUAGCACUUCAUCCUGUUCCACAUCGUCGACGAGUUCGACACUCGCCACAACGUUAGCGACUGCGACUGCCGCAUCAACGACCGCAACCACUACUGCCGGAGCUUCCGCCACGACCGCGAUUACGGCCACCUCUACGCCGUCGGGUACGGGCGAUUCAACCUCAAUGUCUACCGGAGCGAUAGCCGGUGCUGCGGUCGGAGGCGUCGCUGGCGGAAUUCUGAUCAUUGCGGGAAUUUUCUUCCUCUGGCGGAGGAAGAAGAGAAGCUCAGCCGAUGCGACCCCUACGACGGAAGCGGGCUCUUCGGCGUGGGCGUACGAACGAAAAGAUGGACAGGUAUACGGAGCGAAUGGUGGCGGGGUGAACGAGCUCGCAGUUCCAGAGCCGCGGGUAGAGAUGGAUUCCGCCAUGCAACCGACUUACGAGCUUGAUGCUGCGGCAUCAAACACGCCCGAGCUAGACGCAGCGCACUCCGGUGCAAGACAGGCUCAGAGAGACGAUUUGAAGUACCGAUAG